CCCCGGAUUUACUAAUAAUAUUCACGCAAACGAUCGCUCGAAAAUAAAAACUAAAAUAAUAAAGACCAAAUCCAUACUAUCGAGUAAUAAUAAUUCCACCCGACUAAUUUCCCCUGUCACCCUUUUCGGGACUUGCCUUAAGACCCAGCCUGUCCCUCCUGGUCUGUCGCAACUGGCUACUCUUUUUUCCCACCUAACCUAGGUUUCUUUCUGCCUUUCUUUCUCCAACUCGCCUCCUGGCUGUGGCGCCUUCUUUUUUGUCCCAUACGCAGCAGCGUGCUUCUUACGAACCGUGUCUCUUUCGUUCAACUACCAUUCUUGCAAUUUUCGAUUUCGAACCCAUAAUCGAGACAAUUUAGCUAGCCUAUUGCUGGUCGCACCGCAACCUCGUUCUUUAGUGUAUUAUCCUCAAAUAAACCCAACAGUCGUUUCCACUCCAUCUCUAUUCAUCACAGCAAUCUGUCGACAUGAACGUCAAUCGCAAAUUCGAUCGCUUUAAGCAAUGGGCGGGGGAGAGAAUGGGAGGAGAGGUCAAGACCACUCUCUCCGAUGACUUCAAAGCUAUGGAGACGGAGAUGAAUGUGCGCCACGAGGGAGUUGACCGUAUCCACAAGGCAACAGGCUCUUACAUCAAGUCUAUCUCGAAGCGUAGCGAAGGUGAGGAUAAGGAAAAGACCUUGCCUAUCGCUCAUCUGGGUAGUAGCAUGGUUGGUCAUGGUGAGGACUUCGAUGCGAACUCCGAGUACGGCCGUUGCAUGACCAUGCUUGGAAGGGCUGAGGAGCGCUUGGCUCGUCUCCAGGACGCUUACACCUCGCAGGUGAGCUCGGGCUGGCUUGAGUCGCUAGAGCAUUCCUUGACCCAGAUGAAAGAUUACCAGACCGCGCGCAGGAAGCUUGAUAGCCGGCGUCUGGCCUACGAUACCUCUCUCUCUAAGAUGGAGAAAGCAAAACGGGAAGAUUUCCGUGUGGAGGAAGAGCUCCGGACUCAGAAAGUCAAGUAUGAAGAGGCCAACGAUGACGUGUCUCGGCGGAUGCAGGACAUCAAAGAUUCCGAAGUCGAAGGUAUAAUGAACCUGGAAGCGUUCUUGGAGGCCCAACUUGACUACCACGAGCGAUGCCGCGAUGUGCUUCUUCAACUCAGAACAGAGUGGCCUAGCAGGCGAGUACAACCGCUAUCCCAAGCUCCAAGUGCCCGUCGUCCAGGACGUCCUCGCUCAAACACCGCGCAUUCAUACCACGAACGCUACGAACCACUGCAUGAGGAGGUUGACAAUGCGGCCGAACUGCGACCGAUUAUUCGAUCGACCAGGGCUACUUCAAUUGAACCUGCUGCGAGAGAGGUCUAUCCGCCGGAUGCUUACUCCCAGAGGCCCAUUUUGAAUCGGACUUCGACGUUUGAGGGCCCUACCCAGUUGCGCCAGGAGCAAAGCUCUGGCCCGUACCAAUGGCCAUCUCGGGCAGCCAGCGACAACUAUAUCGGCCGGAGGAAUAGCGUGCAAUCCCGGACCAUGGGCCGAUCAUACCCUGACCCAUACAUGGAACAAGAGGAUGCUAGCCCUAGCGGCACUAGCCCCGAGAGAUCAUACAUGGGGCGGAACCAGUCUCCAGGGCCGUCAUACGGGGGUGCAGUUUCGAGGAAAUCCAGCUCGACAACCUUGAAUGGCACGCCCCUGAACUUGAACAAGAAGGCCCCUCCACCUCCACCUCCCCGCUCGAAGAAGCCUGCCCCGCCCCCGCCCCCGAUGAAGCGUCCUAUUCUCAGUGGGGGCGAGUACUAGGAAUCGUCUUCUAAUCUCAGUGUAUCCUGCCCAUCUUGAAAAGUUGGAGCUUGGGGGUCCGUAGGAUCCACGUUCGCUCACGGGUUUCCGGCAAACUCGUUUAAUACUAGCCAUGUCUGUGCCAUGUUCAUCCUACUGGCGAGCGAUGAGUAAGGGCCAAUGGCUCAGCUGGCAAGCCUCGCACAAUUGCUAGUAGUCUCGACGAAAUCGGCGAGUCGCGGCCUGCGCAACCGCAGUGGUGGUGGCGGUGGUGGUUCCCCACGCAACACAGGCCAGGCGCCUCGCUGAUGUAUUGAUAUAUCGAAACGGGAAACUAGAAUGUCCGAUAGUGUAAUUUUGUUUUGCCCUGGGUUUAGGUCUUGAAUUAAUUCAAUGGCGUUGAGCAAGCAG